AUGUCUUCUUUCACGGUCUUCAAGGGUGUUCAGGAGGGCUACCCCAAGAAAAGCACCACAGCCAAACCCGAUACACUUACCGGCGACCAGGUCUACCUCAAAGUGACUGCAUCCGGUGUUUGCGGAACCGAUCUUCACUAUCGACACAGCAAUAUGGUCCUCGGACACGAAGGUGUAGGCAUCGUUGAGGAACUCGGACCAGAUGUCAAGUUCUUGAAAAAGGGCGACCGAGUUGGCUGGGGAUACGAAACCGACAGCUGCGGUUUCUGCACCGAGUGUCUUCAAGGAACCGAAGUCUUUUGCUCCCAACGCGUUCUCUACGGCUCAGGCAAUACCGAUCAAGGCAGUUUUGCAUACAACGGCGUCUUUCGCGAGGCUUUCUUGUUUAAGAUUCCUGACAAUAUCAGCGAUGUGCAUGCUGCACCUCUGCAAUGUGGUGGUGCCACCGUCUUCACAGCCUUAUCGGACUUGAAAUCCACUGAAACAGUGGGAGUUUUGGGUGUUGGUGGCCUUGGUCAUCUUGCCAUUCGGUUUGCAUCGCAGAUGGGCGCCCGUGUUGUCGUGAUUUCAGGAUCGGACAGGAAGAAGGAAGAAGCCACGAAACUCGGCGCACACCACUUCAUCGCCACUCAAGGAAAGGAUCAAAUCGAUCUCAAUGGCGCACCAAAGAUUGACAGGUUGCUCGUGACUGCAGCAAAACAACCCAACUGGGACGCAAUCAUUCCCCUCAUGGCACCCAGUUCUCGAAUCUACCCGCUCACCGUAUCUGGGGACAAUCUAUCCAUUCCGGCCAUCGGCUUGAUUCUCAAUGGUAUUUCUGUUGUCGGCUCUAUGGUUGCGACGAGAGCUACUCAGCGCAGGAUGCUCGAGUUUGCAUCCUUCCACAACAUCACGCCAGUGAUUGAGACGUUCCCUAUGACGGAAGAGGGCAUCAAGGAAUCUCUUGAGAAGUUGGAGAAUGGCGAUGUGCACUUUAGGGCUGUCCUGAUUCCUCAGUGA